GCCAGACGGACAUGUCCGUGGAAAAAACAUUGCUCGGUUGAUGGUGUAGACGUCAAACUGUUGCGUUUUGUGCGAGGGAGUGCGAGUAUCAUCCGGGUCGCUGCAUAUCUUCGAUUCCAACAUGGCUGGAAGCUCGAGCUCCUUUCUAGGCAUUGAGGGCCUUCAUGUCUUCAUCACAGGUUCAGCAGGUGGGAUUGGCGGUGCUGCAGUAAAAGAAUUUCUCUCUCUUGGAUGUCGUGUGACGGCAUUUGACCGGAGAUCUAUCGAUGGAGCAAAGCUAUGCUCAUCACCAGAGCAGUCGUCAAGGCUAUUCACGACGCAAGGCGACCUGACGUCGGAAAAGUCUGUCUCUGAAGCAUUCCAAGCUGCAACAGACCAUUUCGGCCCAUUGAGUAUCCUGAUAGCCAAUGCAGGCAUCACGGAUGAAAGCGCUCAUCCGCCAAUAUGGGAGAUCGGGGAGAGUCUAUGGGACAAGGUCUGAAUUUUCCCAGGGGGCUGUCGCUAGAAGUUAACGCUCAUGUCACGAAAGGUCAACACCAAUAAUGUCAAGGGCACAUUUUUGACCGUCAAGCAAUUCUUGCUCUCGGUGAAGAAGGCGCAAGAAGCCCAGGGAGCUGAGCUCGACAAUGUUUCUAUCGUUAUUACUGGCUCAGAGACUGGAAAGUUUGGCCAGGAAGGGCACGCUGAAUAUGCAUCUGGCAAGGCGGGCUUGCAAUAUGGCCUCGUUCGCACGGUGAAGAACGAAAUUGUCCGCCUGAAUUCGAAAGGCCGCAUUAAUGCUGUGGCCCCGGGAUGGGUAAACACCUCUCUCAUUGGUGAUCGCUUGGACGAUCCGAGGGAAAUGUGGGCAGAAUGCCAGGCUACCGUCGCGCUGAAGAAGAUCGCACAACCCGAAGACGUCGCGCGGGCUAUGGCGUUCUUAGCCAGUCACCGUGCUGCAGGUCAUAUCUCUGGAGAAUGCAUCUCUGUUGAUGGGGGGAUGGAAGGCCGGAUCAUUUGGCGAGAGGAGCAAGUCUUGGGAAACAGCGGAAAGGAGACCAAGCUGCAAAUGGCGACCAUACCCGCCUCCUUGACUCCAGCCACCAGGAAACGUCGAAUGCGAAUCUGUCUCUCUGUAGACUUUGAUGCCAUCUCCGGGUAUUUGGGAACAGGUCAUGAUCCCCAAAACACGCUUUCCGACUACUCAGCGGGCAUUUUCAGCGCCAACGUCGGAGUGGGAAGACUGCUGCGCUUGUUCAAAAAGCACGGUGUUUCCGAUAAGCUCACCUGGUUCGUCCCCGGCCACAGUCUCGAAACAUUUCCAUCGCAGGCUCGCGAGAUCGCAGAGAGCGGAGCCGAGAUUGGACUCCAUGGCUACAGCCAUGAAGGCGCAUAUGCAAUGACGGUUGAACAGGAGAAGGAUGUUUUGCAGAAAUGCAUUGGCCUGAUAACAGCACUCAGACAAGGUAAGAAACCGGUCGGAUAUCGUGCCCCUCUGUAUCAAAUCCGCGAGACAACCGUCCGGCUGCUCCAGGACCACGACUUUCUUUAUGACAGCAGCAUGAACGCCCACGACUCUUUGCCUUACUUCCUGGUGAAUCCCUUUCCGCAAGAGCCGCCCCAUGUUCCGGAUUACAAGAAGGAUGCCAGCAGUUGGAUGGUUCCCACCUCAAUACCGACACAGCCGCAGCCAGGUACUGCUGAGGCCAACAAGGCUCUGGUGGAGAUCCCCUCAAGCUGGUAUACAGAGGACAUGACUCCUCUUGGGUUUUAUCCCUACGCAGCCAACACGCAAGGCUACGUUGGGGUCGACAAUGUGGAAAAGAUGUGGUGGGAUAGGUUCGACUGGUUAUGGGAGAAUGAAAGCUGGUUGGAUGAAGGGCCUGGCAAAGGUUAUGGCUCCGUAUAUCCCAUGAUCUGGCAUCCUGAAAGCGCGGGUCGAGCCCAUAUCGUGGGCAUGAUUGAUCGAUUCAUCGCGAGGCUAGUGCAACGGCAAAAGGCAGCAGGGGAUGGCGAGAUCACCUUCGAGACGAUGGAAGGGGUCGCACACAGCUGGAAACAGCAGCGCUCAUAGGGAACCUAGACGGGAUAUUGAAGAGAUUGUAUAGGUCACGAUUACCUAGGAUUACCUCAGCUCUGGGUCUGAUGAAGUGGCUGAGUGGUGGCGUCCAGUAGCUCCCUCAGCCUUAUGUGAGUUGCUUGCAUUGGCGACGGGAGGGAGAGGAGAGGGGCAACUCGGAACAGAUCUGCCCAGAAGACGCGGUACAGUAGGGAGUGAUAUACUAGUUGCUGGAUGAGGUAUAAAGAACAGGGUGCUGACUCUAGCUCUGCUGAUUCAGCUUCACGGUGAAGGGAG